UACUAUGCUAUGCCCGUAUCCCACUAAUCUCCCUCCCACCACAACCACACAGACCUAACUUUACAGCCAGCCAUGCCCAAGCCCCCCCAACCCAUCGUCCUCCUCUGGCACCGCACCGACCUCCGCCUGCACGACUCCCCCGCCCUAACCGCGGCCCUGGACCUGCACCCCUCGAUCUUCAUCCCCAUCUGGACCUGGGACCCGCACUACGUAUACCACUCCCGCGUCGGGCCAAACCGCUGGCGCUUUCUCCUCGAAUGCCAACGCGACCUCUCAGCCUCCUACACGGCACUGAACCCCAACCAGAAGCUCUGGGUCGUCCGCGAAGCUCCCCAGACCGUGUUGCCGAAGUUGUGGAAAGCGUGGGGCGCGACGCAUCUCGUGUUCGAGAAGGACACGGACGCGUAUGCGCGCACCCGGGAUGAGGAGGUGAUGCGGUUGGCGAGGAGGGAUGGCGUGGAGGUUGUGGUGAGGAGUGGGAGGACGUUGUUUGAUUCGGAUGAGGUGGUUAGCUGGAAUGGGGGCCAGCCGACGAUGAGUAUGAAGCAGUUGCAGAAGGCGGUGGCGAGGGCUGGGGCUGGGGAUGCAGAGCCCGAGCAGGUGGUGGAGAGGCCGAGGGAGGUGCCGGAUCCGUGGGAGGAAGAGAGGAUAGAUUUGAGGGGCGUGGAGGUGGAUGAGCUAGGGGAUGGGGAUUUGAAUGCGGUGCAUCGGCAAGGGAAGACGAAAGAGACGCAGUAUCGAGGACUCAUGGGCCCGCAAGGGGAUUUCGGGGUUCCAACGUUGGAGGAAUUGGGCAUUGAUCCGGAACAGGCGACGACGCCGCAUCGGGGGGGCGAGUCGGUUGCUCUGGAGAUUCUGGAGCGUUGUAUCCGGGAUGAGGAGUAUGUGGGCACGUUCGAGAAGCCCAAGACGUCUCCGGCCGAUUUCGAUCCCCAGGCCACGACGUUGCUCUCGCCGCAUCUGCACUUUGGGUCUCUGUCCGUGCGCAAGUUCUGGUGGGAUGUACAGGCGGCGAUGGAGAAGAGGAGGAGCCGGAAGAAGCCGACUUCGCAUAUUCCGACCAAUCUACCAGGCCAGUUGCUCUUCCGGGACAUGUACUUCGCUGCUCAGGCGGCGCUGGGACCCUCUUUUGCGCAAACCCGGGGGAAUAGGAUGGCCAAGUUCGUUCCCUGGCAUCUGCCGUCGAAUUACUCCAAGACACCCCAGGGGGAGUAUCUCCUCGAUGGGACAUACACGGUCGACGACCCGCAAGCGGAGGUUUGGUUCCGACGGUGGAAGGAGGGCAGGACGGGGUUUCCCUGGAUCGAUGCCUUGAUGCGACAGCUCAAGCAGGAGGGUUGGAUUCAUCAUCUGGGGCGUCAUAGCGUGGCGUGCUUUCUGACCCGAGGUGGUUGCUAUGUGAACUGGGAACGGGGGGCCGAAGUAUUCGAAGAAUGGCUGAUUGACCAUGAAACGGCCUGCAACGUCGGCAACUGGAUGUGGCUCUCCUGCACAGCCUUUUUCUCGCAGUUCUACCGCUGCUAUUCCCCCAUCGCGUUCGGCAAGAAAUGGGAUCCUGAGGGCCAUUUCGUUAGGCGGUACUGUCCUGAACUCACGCACUUUGACAAGAAAUACAUCUACGAGCCGUGGAAUGCCCCGAUUGCGGAUCAGAAACGGUGGAAAUGUCGGGUUACCGGUGAUGGCACGGUGGAGAAGGAUGGUGACUCGGGGUUGACGGCGUACCCUAAGCCGAUGUUCGAUUUUAAUGAGCGGAGAGAGUUCUGCAUCAGCGAGAUAAAGCAUGCGUAUAAGGUCAAUCUGCACGGGGAUGACCCGAGGGUCUUGGACGGGUCCUGGAAAGAGGUAUUCGACUUUGAAGUCAGGGAUGGGAGGGUUCUCGAGGAGGCAAACGAGACUUUAUCUGAAGGAGACGAUGAAGAGUCACAUCCACAUAAACGGCAACGAGGGGAGGUGGAAGAUGGGACUGAGGACAUUGAUGCGCCCAGCAGGAAACAAAAGAAAUAGACCAGCCGCUUAGGCAGCAC